GCCUUAGUUUGAGGUUUUGAUGAGAUGAGAUGAGAUAUAAUGGCAAACACAAUAAGAUCAUUAUUAGUGGUAGUGGUGGGGGUGGUGGCAGCGGCGGUGUUUAUGGGUCGUUGCUCCGCCGAGAGGAGGGCCGACGAGAUCCUGCAGCAACUGCAUCAUGAGGACCAACAACAGGCCAAAUCAAUAUCCUAUGUUGGCACAGGAAAAUCUGAAAAUAAGAUUAUAAAAAAUGACUGGGGAGAAGCUUCUAGGGCAACGGAUGCACUCAAAUCUGCUUCAUCUGACAAGAGCGAAAAUGGUGAGGGAGCUGAUUGGACUUAUGAUGAUGCCAGACAUAAAAUGUUUGAAGCCUUAGAAUUUGGCAUAGAAAGUGCAAGAAAUGCUUAUAAACAAGCUAAGAAGAGUAUUGUUAGUAAUUACUUGGUAGUUACCAAUAACAACAACAAUAAUAAUAAUAAUAAUGAAGUUUUGGACAAAGCCUAUAAUGCUAAAGAGUUAAAUAUUAUUGGCCCCCAUGAUCAUGAUGAGGAAGUAAUUAAUAUUGAUGAGGAUCAUCAUGAUCAAAGUUAUUAUAAUAAUAAUAAGAAUGAAAAAGAGAAAGCAAGAUUGAAUUAUGAUGAAGCUAAAGAAAAUGAGAAAGAUUGUUAUAGGUUAGCCAAAGAGAAAAUGACCGAAGAGGCUAAGGAUAAGUAUGAGGCUGCCAAAGAGAAAACUUCACAAGCUACUGCUGAUCUUGGGGAACCACUAAGGAAGAGAGUAGAGCUCUAAAUUCAUUUUCUGUGAGUUUUAUAAUUAAUUAUAUAGUUUUUUUUUUCUUUUUUUGUUUAUAAUAUAUAUAAAUCUUUCCUCCUUGCUUUGCAUGUUCCUUUUUUUUUUCUUCAUCUCUCUUUGACUGAUUAUCUCAUGAGAUUUGAACCCCUUUAAUAUAAUAUACAGAGAGAACUUAUUACUAGGAUCUUAAAUAAAUAUAUAUAUAUAUGUAGAGAAUAUUUAUAAUCUGGUCACAUCUGGUAUAUAAUUUAAUAACUUUGUGCGGAUUUCAUAUAUAGAAAUAUAAAUAUCUUUCCUCCUUGCUUUGCAUGUAUAUAGUAAAUACAGUUAUAUGUUUUUUUUUUCUUUCAUCUUUAUUUGAUUAAUUAUCUCAUGAGAUUUGAACCCCUAUAACAUAACAUAUAAGUAGAACUUACUAGGAUCUUAUAUAAAUAUAUAUGUGGAGAAUCGGACGUGGCCAUGGUGUAAGUAAUUUAAUAUAGGAUUUUAUAAGUUAUAACAAUGCUCUCUCUCUCUCUCUAUAUAUAUAUAUAAAU